GGUGUGUUUUCUUUACAAGAGUGAAGCAUGGCGGCUGCGGCGGAAAGUUUGGAUUUGGUUCCGAAAAAAGGCUCCACAUCAAUAAUAUGGAACUGGUUUGGAUUUGACGACAGCGACCAAAAUACCACGAUAUGCAAAGAGUGCAACGAGAAAGUGAAAACAACUACCGGUAACACCACCAACCUGUUCUACCAUUUGAAAAGGAAGCAUAAAAAGCAGUACAGUGAAAGUCAAGCGGCUCAGGCGGCUAAAGCUAAGGCGCCAGCAGCAACAGCGUCAACCUCCAAACAACAAACGCUAACAAGUGUGUUCGCUAAACUGACACCCUACGACAAAGGCAGCCAACGCUGGACCAGUAUAACUGAUGCGGUGGCUUUCCACAUAGCUAAAGAUAUGUACCCGCUACGAACAGUUGAAGGGGCGGGCUUUCAGAAGUUGCUUAAAGUUUUAGAUCCGCGGUACGAGUUGCGCAGCCGCAAGUUUUUUUCUAACACCGCUAUCCCUCAGUUGUAUACAAACUGUCGCACCAAAGUUGCACAGGAUAUACAAAAUGUGCAGUUUUAUGCAACAACAAGCGAUCUAUGGUCCAGCAGAACAUCAGAACCAUAUCUGAACCUUACAAUACACUACGUAGACAAUUGGGAGCUACGCAGUGCCACUCUGCAGAUCACUUAUUUUCCUGAUGACCACACCGGAGAGCUCAUCGCUGCAGGACUACGUGAAGCUCUCGAGUCAUGGGACUUGAACGAAAAAAACAUGACAUGCAUGACGACAGACAGUGGUGCAAAUAUGGUGAAAGCCUUGGAUUUAAAUGGAUGGACGAGGCUCCAGUGCUUUGGACACAGAUUGCAUCUUGCAAUUGAAAAAAGUGCCAAGGAUCAACGAAUUGAACGUGUGACCUCAGUGUGCAAGAAGGUAGUGAGCACUUUUUCAUUUAGUUGGUAAAAAGAGAGAGACCUUCUGACAGCACAAGCGCGCCACAAUCUACCUCAGCUAAAGCUGAU